ACACACUCACUCCUGCGCUCUCCUGCCUGUUCACACACGCACUCGGCUUCAUGCUGCACACACACGCCCACCGUCUCCUCUGACUGUCUGUGUGGACGUCAAAGAAGAGAAAGAAGCUCGGACGGGACAGUAAGACUCAGGACGGGGCUGCCGGUGUGUGUGUGUGUGUGUGUUUGGUGUGUGUGUGUGUGUUUCCAUGUGUGUGUAUGGGAGCAGUAUUGACCCAUGUGCUUGAGAUAAAGCCAGACAAGUGAUUUUUUUUAAAGGGAGAGUAUUUCAAAAAAAAAACUUUUUUGGCCUGCUGCUCAGACGCAGAGUUGAACUUUUUCUCACUUAAGGACCCGUUGCUCCUUCUCCUCGUGCCGGUGACGACUCAUUUGACAGGAUGACAUGGCGUCCUCAGUACCGCAGCUCCAAGUUCCGCCACGUGUUCGGUAAGGCCGCCACCAAGGAGAGCUGCUAUGAUGGCGUGCCAAUCACACGCAGCGUCCAGGACAACAACUUCUGUGCUGUCAACCCACGUUUCCUGGCAGUCAUCACCGAGUGUGCCGGGGGAGGGGCCUUCCUGGUCCUGUCUAUCCAUCAUACAGGUAAAGUGGACCCUCACACCCCGAGAGUGUCGGGCCACAAAGGCAACGUGUUAGACGUCAAGUGGAAUCCCUUCAGCGACUACUGCAUCGCCUCCUGCUCCGAGGACACCACGGUGAAAGUGUGGGAAAUCCCUCCUCACGGCGUGCUGAAGAACCUGACAGUACCAUGGAAGGAGCUCCAGGGUCACAGCCGCAGAGUAGGCCUCAUCGAGUGGCACCCGACUGCUAACAACAUCCUCUUCAGUACAGCCUACGACUACCAGGUGAUGAUCUGGAACCUGGACUGUCCGGAGCAGGUGAUAAAGAACCCGGUGCGGACCAUCAGCCACCACACAGACGUCGUCCUCUCCAUGUCUUUCAACACCGACGGCAGCCUCCUCGCCACCACCUGCAAAGACAGGAAGGUCCGCCUCAUGGAGUCGCGCUCAGGAAACCUACUGCAGGAAGCCAACAACAAGACGCACAAAGCCAGUAAGGUGCUGAUCCUGGGAAACAUGAAGAUGCUCCUCACGACAGGCACCUCGCGCUGGAACGAUCGACAGAUCGCUCUGUGGGAUCAGGACGAUCUGUCUGUGUCUUUGUUACAAGAAAACCUCGAUGGUUCGUCAGGAAACCUUUUUCCCUUCUAUGACCCUGACACGCACAUGCUCUACAUCGCCGGGAAGGGCGACGGGAAUAUAAGGUACUAUGAGAUCAGCUCAGAAAAACCGUACAUCCACUACCUGACAGAGUACCGCUCAAACCUACCUCAGAAGGGAAUGGGUGUGAUGCCAAAGAGGGGGCUGGAUGUGAGCUCCUGUGAGGUGUUCAGGUUCUACAAACUGGUGACAAUCAAGAGUCUCAUAGAACCUCUUUCCAUGAUCGUACCCCGCCGGUCGGAGUCGUACCAAGAAGACAUCUAUCCAAUGACGGCUGGAAACCGGCCUGCUUUGACUGCAGAGGAGUGGCUCAGUGGCAUCGAUAAAGGCCCCGUGCUGAUGUCACUGAAGCCUGGAAGUCAAGUAGCAGAGUCGUAUUCGGAGAUGAACAAGGAGAGGGGGAGCCUGCUGGACAGCCGCAGGUCUCAGAGCAGACCGGGCAUGCUACAGCUGGCGUACAUUCAAGACCAACUGGGAACCAAAGACGGCAAGGAGGACGACAGCCGCACAGCGGACGACAGGAGUCGGACACCCAUCAGCAACGGAGAGGACCUCGCGCUUUGCUCUCCGCCACGGACAGAGAAUGAGCUGCUUCUGAAGUUCCACAAGCAGCAGGAGGAGAUCCGACGGCUGAGGGAGCUCGUCCACCAGAGGGACGUGCGCGUCAAACAGCUGGAGCUGGAGAUAAAGAACAUCAAAAACUCCCAGGCUCAGAGCUCUGACUUCUAACUUUAAGACUUGUGGAGUCGCCUCUUCACCUCCUCACGCAGGAACACACGCAUUACUGUACAAACCUCCCUAUUUUCAAAUCGCUACACUCGUCUUCGUGUCAGCUCUUGUCCUUUUAAUAAGCCCGGGGAAUUCACUACACAGGGGUGAUUUUUAAACCUCAACUUUAUGUUUGCGUUCACUCUUGUCGUUCUGUCUGUCCCACACAAAGGUGCACAUUACUCUUUUCUUCAUGUACAUACACUCGAACACUGAGUCCAGCCCACCUGUGACAUGUUUCCAAAACUCUUUGCACCUGUCCAACUUCACCACCUUUUUCUUUUUGUACGCUUUCACAGCUAUGCAAGUCCAUUGUAAUUUUUAGCUUUUUUUUUUAAAUUCUCUUUUUAGCCAAGAGAUAUAAAACAAAAAGGAUGUCUGUGCCUGUCUCGAGUCAGUGAUGCCUGCGUGUUGAUCGAGAGUUGUUGCAGGGGAGGCGCAGACAUCCUGUGUGAUUGUGAGAUAACGCUGCAUUUAUUUUCUAGGCUUGGUGAUUGUUGUCCCCCCCCCAAUAUUUAAACUACUGUAAGUGGAGAUGCCUGUGGUGUUUUUAAUGUACGCGUGCUUGAAUGGGAAUGAUCGAAAAUGAUAAAUAUCAUGAUCCCCGCUGUGUUUUUUUUUUUAUUUUUUUUUAUUUUGUUUUUGGGUUCUAUUCAGUGUCAUUUGUCUUUAUUUUUGAAUGACUGGAAAAUUGGUGGGAAUCAAUCAGUUUGACAGCAGCUAAUGUGUAAGCCAACUCUGUACCUGAUGCCGCGAGGGAUUCUUUUGAUCUUCAUUUUUAUAUUUAUUUUUGAAAAAAUACACUCAAAGAAAAAUACCAUUUAAUCAAGUACUUGAAUUGGUGAUACAGCUUGCAAAUUACAUAAAAACUGCAUAUUUGCUUUUUUUUCCUGUUGUGGACUCACUGUGAUGAACUGAUAUAAAGCCAUUGUAGAGCCGGA